CCGAAACCACCGCAGCAAAUGGUCGGAGAAGAGGGUGAAGGGAUGCUGCUCUCAAAAAUGAAUGGAAGGAGCAGUGAACUCUUCCUCAGGCCCCCGCGGGGCACGACUUCUCCUGACCCUGACUCCGGAGGCGCUGGCGGGGCGGCGGGGGCGAGGGUGGUUCGCCUCGCCUGAGCUGAGCCCAACCCCUCUAGGAGGCGGGACUCGGGCUUGGCCGCUCCUCCCUGCCUGACCGGCGGGGGAGAGUUUCGGUGCGGGUUGGAGGGCGGCGGCCGUCUCGUCUGCGGGGAGACGACGGAGCAGGACUCCGAGGAGACAAAGCUACGAGCCCAGGCGGAGGAGCUCGGCUCUGGCUGAGAAAAAGGCAGGCCCAGCGACUGGCCGGCCAGCCUGGAAGCGGCGGCGCGGUGGGCCGGACUGCCCCUUGCAACAGGUUACCAGGCAAGCCAGGCAGGCCGCUCCGCCUCCCCAGGCCCCAGCUAUUGGUCUCCUCCUCGGUCCCAGGAGGGGGGAACCGGCACCACCCGCCUCAAUGCGGUUCGGCGCCAAGAUGAUGCCGGUGAGACUGUGGACAAUCUAGAAUUGGUAAAGGACUGGAUGAGUGCCAAAAAAACGGAAGCUUAGCCCAGCUGAGACUGAGAUGUUUCUCACAGUUUACCUCAGUAACAAUGAACAGCACUUUACUGAGGUGCCGAUCACCCCAGAAACCACUUGCAGAGAUGUAGUGGAUUUGUGCAAAGAGCCUGGCGAGACGGAAUGCCACCUGGCUGAAGUGUGGUGUGGCUCAGAGCGCCCUGUAACAGAUAAUGAACACAUGUUGGAUCUUCUGCAGCGCCAUGGAGUCCAGAGAAGUGAGGUUCGUUUCUUUCUUCGGCAUGAACGAUCCCCUAAUCGGGACACUGGAGGUGGCCUAAGAUUGCAAGAUCCAGGUUUGAAGAGAAAUGGUGUAAAAAUGCCUGGGGAUCGAAGACUAGAGAAUGGAGUCAGUGCUCCUCGAAUGGAUAUGACUCUGGCAGAACUGCAGGAAAUGGCAUCACGACAACAGCAGCAAAUAGAAGCACAACAACAAAUGCUGGCUAACAAGGAACAGCGGUUAAAAUUCCUUAAACAGCAGGAUCAACGGCAGCAACAGCAAGCUGCAGAACAGGAAAAACUAAAAAGAUUAAAAGAAAUUGCUGAGAACCAAGAAGCCAAGUUGAAGAAAGUGAGAGCACUUAAAGGCCAUGUGGAGCAGAAAAGGCUCAGUAAUGGGAAACUAGUGGAGGAGAUUGAGCAGAUGAACAGUUUGUUCCAGCAAAAACAGCGAGAACUGGUAGUGGCUGUGUCAAAGGUAGAAGAACUUACGAGACAACUCGAGAUGCUGAAGAAUGGCCGGAUCGACGGUUACCAUGACAACCAGUCUGCUGUAGCUGAGCUUGACCGACUGUAUAAGGAGCUUCAGUUAAGGAACAAACUGAACCAGGAGCAGAAUGCCAAGCUGCAGCAACAGAGGGACUGUCUAAACAAACGCAACUCAGAGGUGGCAGUUAUGGAUAAGCGUGUUAAUGAGCUGAGAGAACGGCUGUGGAAGAAGAAGGCUGCGCUGCAGCAGAAGGAGAAUGUACCGGUGUCUUCUGAUGGGAACCAACCACAACCAGUGGUAUCUACGCCAAGUCGAGUGGCAGCUGUUGGUCCGUACAUCCAGUCAUCCACUAUGCCCCGCAUUGCUUCAAGGAAUGAACUUUUAGUCAAACCAGCCUUUCCAGAUGCAACUGCAGCCUUACAAGCUCCUGAUGGUCCAUUGAAAACUCAGACUCUACCAAACAUGAGAGCUGGGGCUCUUUCACAAACAAAAGCUGCUGGUGGCACUGCACUUGCUGGUUCAAAACCUCCAUUGGCUUUCAGUGAUUGGAGUAAGUCAAGUGCUGACAACCUGAUCAAUCAAGGGCUAACUUCCUCAAUGACAAAAGCCAGUUGUAACAAUGAAGGACAAGCUGCUGAUGGAGACACUCCUUUCAGAGAAAGAGAGAAGAAAGUACGGCCCUUUUCGAUGUUUGAUUCUGUUGAAUCAAAUGGAGGUAUUGGAGUACCCACGACAGGUACACUGAGAAAAAACCAAAGUAGUGAAGACCUUCUGCGUGAUAGCCAGACCGGUGCUAAAAACGUUGCAAAAGUACCACCUCCUGUUCCCACCAAACCAAAACAGAUCAACUUGCCUUACUUUGGUCAAGCCAGUCAGCUGCCCUCGCCAGACACCAAGUCUGAUGUUAAUGUUCAGAAGCUGCCACUGACAAUUGCAGCCAUGGGGAAUAAGCAGAAACCACCAAUCCAGCCGACACCGUCUUUACCUCAGCAGCUCCAGCAAAGGAUCUCUGUGUCCCCAAGCGGCCCUCCUCCAAACCUGGAUAUGACUCUGCCCAAGCAAGAGAGUCCUCCUGCGGCAGCUGUGAGACCUUUCACCCCUCAGCCAGCCAAAGAGGCCCCUCCACCACCUUUUCGAAAGCCACAGACUGUGGCCGCGAGUUCAAUCUACAGCAUGUACACUAAGCAGCAGACUCCUGGGAAGAACUUUCAACAGGCAGUGCAGACUGCAUUGACAAGGGCGCAAACCAGAGGGCCACACUUCUCAAGUGGUGAGCAUUUGGUAUACGGGAAGCCAGUUAUUGCUGGAGCUGGCCCCCUGAAUCAGCAGCAACAGAUGGAGAAUAUUUAUUCAAGUACUCAAGGCAAGCCAGCCAGUCCAGAUCCUGAAACCACAGCUUCAGCCAGUGAAAACAACGAAACGGAACGCAUCCCUCGCCCGCUCAGUCCAACCAAGCUGUUGCCUUUCUUAUCAAAUCCUUACAGAAAUCAAAGCGAUGCAGAUCUGGAGGCCCUUCGGAAGAAGUUAUCCAAUGCGCCAAGGCCACUGAAGAAACGUAGCUCCAUUACUGAGCCGGAGGGUCCUAAUGGACCUAAUAUUCAGAAGCUCUUGUACCAGAGAACAACUCUGGCUGCCAUGGAGACUAUCUCUGCCCCAUUAUACCCAUCAAAGCAAACCUCAGUGGCAGUCACUGAAAAUUCAACAGAAAUCCCAAACCCAUAUCUAAAUACAGAAGUGGUUAAAGAAGUGGUUCCGACUCCACCUGAGCCAGCUAUUGCUGAGGAAGUAGAAAGCCCAAGUACUGAUCUGAACACUGGAUCUGUGCCUUCAUCAGGGCUAGAUAGUGUUCCUGAGGGGACAUCUGACACUGCCUCCCUUUUGCAGGCAGAAAUGGAAGAACCAAGCCUAGACGUGCCCAUAGAAAUGUACAUGGAGGAAUACCCUCCCUAUCCACCACCUCCAUAUCCUUCAGGAGAACCGGAGAGUUUGGGAGAAGAUUCAUUCAGUAUGCAGCCUCCUGAAGUCACUGGGCAGUUUUCUUUACCCCCUGGAAAGAGGACAAACUUGCGUAAAGUUGGCUCAGACAGAAUUGCCCAUGGAAUGCGAGUAAAGUUCAAUCCCCUUGCUUUGCUUCUAGAUUCCUCUCUUGAGGGAGAAUUUGACCUCGUACAGCGAAUAAUAUAUGAGGUUGAAGAUCCAAGUUUGCCCAAUGAUGAGGGUAUCACUGCACUCCAUAAUGCUGUAUGUGCCGGUCACACAGAGAUAGUGAAAUUCUUGGUACAGUUUGGUGUAAACGUAAAUGCUGCAGAUAGUGAUGGAUGGACACCACUGCAUUGUGCAGCAUCUUGCAAUAAUGUCCAAGUGUGCAAAUUUCUAGUGGAAUCUGGUGCUGCUGUGUUUGCCAUGACCUACAGUGACAUGCAGACUGCAGCAGACAAGUGUGAAGAAAUGGAAGAAGGCUACACCCAGUGUUCCCAGUUCCUCUAUGGAGUGCAAGAAAAAAUGGGAAUAAUGAACAAAGGAGUGGUCUAUGCACUCUGGGAUUAUGAAGCUCAGAAUGAAGAUGAACUGUCCAUGAAAGGAGGAGACUGCAUGACAGUACUUCGCCGGGAAGAUGAAGAAGAAAUUGAGUGGUGGUGGGCACAGCUAAGUGACAAGGAAGGAUACGUGCCUCGUAACUUACUUGGGCUGUACCCACGGAUUAAACCAAGGCAAAGAAGCUUGGCAUGAAAACAGUUGCAAGCAAUUUUAUGAAGUACCGGUUGCAGGAUGAGUUUGUCCUUUUUAUAGAAAGUAAUGCAUUCUUGUGUUUGCACCAAUUCCUUGGGACUUCUUUCAUUUGCAAUGUGAUACAAAAGCAAUGCUGAAUAUGCUUUGAAAACAGAUGAAGGAUAGAUCGCAUUCACAAAUGGUGGCAGAUGUCCCCCAACCUGGAAUGCUUCUUUCAAACAAAUGGACUUGGCUCCAUUUAGGCAAACUGAGCCUGAGGUCAAUCACUGCCUGCUCUGCUUUUGUAGAUGGCUUUUUCCCCUUUUCCUUUGUGAUGUACCAGCAAGAGAGAAUUGAAUCAAUGCUCUAGACAGCCAAGUUAUCCAGCUUCUUACGUUCCCUCCUCUAGAAAAUAGGGCCAAUGUAAGUCAGUCAAACUAAAAAGACAUUCCAUAGCAGAAUGUUUAAGUAGCAGCAUUUAACAUAAUGGAAGUGGCACAAUGCAUCUUACAAUAAAGAACCUUUUAAAACCAGUUCUUUGAGCAAUAACUUUAAAGUGCAGUAGCAUUUUAGGAUUCCAAAGUAUUUGAAAUAUAUGCUAUAUCACAGGUAAUGUAGUUUUUAGAAUUUUUUUUAAUUGUCUACUGUCUUUUGUAAUUUGAGUAUUAAAUGUAGAAAUCUUGUGUAGACUAUACCUCAAAUUUUGUUAUAACUAUUCUUAACUGUGAUUAAACUUUUGCUGAGAAAUA